AUGCUAGGCAGCGCGGCUGGUGUAGGCGUGCGCUUGAUUGGGCCGCUCAUCAGCGGCCCGGUGGCGGCGGUGACGGCGGCGGCAACAGGUGCGCCGCUCUGGCUCUCCCUGCCGCUCGGAGCUCUGCUGACCGCCACAGGUGCGUGUGCCGGCGUGAGCCUCGCCACCACCGAGGUCAUCCGGUGGAAGCUGCUCUCGCCGGAGACUGGCUUGCUCGACCAGGCCACGGCCAAGGUGUGCACCUCGUUGCCGCCGGCGGUCCUGGCCUCGCUCAACUCGGCGGCCGACGAAGGGCUCGGCGGCCUCGACGGUCUCUCGCGACUGCUCAACGACAACGCGCUGGCUGGGCUCCCAUUUUCGGCUCGGACCGCCAUGCGACUCGCUCGCUGGCAGGUCGAGAAUCUCGGCGGCGAUCGCGUCGAGACUCUGCUCAAGCAGCUGGUCCGCGAUCCCGAUGCUGCCGAGCCAGGCAUCGCUGGCCUCUCUCGCCUCCUCCGCCUCCUCGCCACAGACGCGACGUACAAGGCCGAUCGUGUGACCGUUACGGUGGCAGGUAGCGUGGUGGUGGCCGCCUCGGCCGCCCUCGCGCUUGGAGGCCUCAGCAUUGGUAGCCAGGACGACGAGCCCACAAGAACCUCCGCUCCCGGAAUGGAUGACGAGAGCAAGCGAGAUGCCAGCAUCAGUGUCAUCGACUCGCUCCGUGGCUGGAUCGAGCUUGGCCCAUCCAAGCACGCGCCGGUGACCGAGUCCGAGCCCGAGCCCGAGCCUGAGCCUGAAGACUCGCCACCCAUGUCGGCCGCGCAAAAGUAUGUGUCCGAGCUCGCGCUGCACAUGCUCCACGUAGUCAAGCAGCUAGUCAUCCCGAUGGUCACGCUGCCGGUGCUUGGGGCAGCUGUGGUCGGCACGACAGCGGCGCCGCUGGUGCUUUGGCUCCCGUACGGCGCAGCCAUGGUGGCGACAGCGACGGCGCGUGGGACAGGCCAGGCGAUGAUCGCCGGCUUGCAGAGAGUCCUGCUCGAGGAGAAGACCGGUGCGCUUGAUGCCGCCAUGACAAGAGUGUGCAAGGUCUUGCCGCCGAAUGUCAAGGCAUCGCUCCAGGCUGAUGCUUCCAGCGGCCUGUUGGCCGCGGCGGUGAGCGUCCUGAGCGAGAGUAGCGUGGCAGGCGCCGCUGAUCCGCUCCGCACUGUGAAGGAUCUGGUCUAUCAGCGGGUGGAGGACGCUUCUCGACACGACCUGGAAGAUGCGCUGGAGCAGCUGAUCCAUGCAGAAAUGCCCAGUGACUCUCAGCUGGGCCCCGAGCUUGCAGCUGUGAUGGCCAGGUCACACGAUGGACCACAAGCGUAG